AUGAAGAAAGUACUAGGAGAGACAAACAAGACAAAAUCGGAUCUGUUUUCCUCUACUGUUCCGAACAUAAGGAGUUUAUUGAGCCAAGUUCAAUUGCCAUCUAAUAUGGGAAACAUUCACAAAUUGAGGAACGGUACUGAUAAGAUUUCCACAACGAAUGAUGUCAUCUUUACACGCGACAAUAUUGGAAGGAUGAAACCUUACAACCAAUUCGUAUGUGACGGUUUCGGACAAGAGUUCACUGAAGAUCUUGAAGCUUCAUGCACAUGUGCUGCUCGUGAAGUACUAAUCAACUUAAUAUCUCUUCUCGAUUCAACCGGGCCACCAAUUCAACGUCUUCUCUGCCUUUCUUAA